CGAUCGAGGCGCGCCGCCGCCAGUGCCCUACGUUGUUGCCGUCCAUGCCGGGAUCUUCUCCCUGUCCCGCCGCUGGCUAUAGUGGGAGCGGCAACGGCUCCCACUCCGCCAUCGUCGCCGGCGCUGUGACCGGCUCCCACGUGCUUAAGAUCGUGUUCUAUUCCCGCACUAAGGAGGUCCCCAAUUGCCAGGUCAUCAAGUCCCGCCAUUUCUGCCUGGGAGGCCACACCUGGUUCGUGCAGUAUUACCCCAAUGGGAACUCCGCCGACAACGUCAACUUCAUAUCGUUGUUUCUCACUAUGCAUGGUGCAGUAGCCGGCAAGGCAGUGAAGGCGCAGGUCACCAUCAGUUUACUCGACCAGGACGGGGAGCCGGUGCCGUCGUACACCCAAGUCACAACAUUCGUGGACUUCGCUGAGAAAGGGAGCUGGGGAUACCCAGAGUUCAUCGAGAGGAAAGCUCUGGAGGAAUCCGAGCAUCUCAGGGAUGACUCCUUCACCGUCAGGUUCGAUGUGACCAUCAUGAGCGACAUCCAAACCGUGGCAAUGCCGUCAGUGGUCGUGCCGCCGUCCGACAUGCACCGGCACUACGCUGAUCUCCUGCUGAGCAAGGAAGGCGCCGACGUCAAAUUCCGAAUCGGCGGGCAGACAUUCUCCGCCCAUCGGCUUGUUCUCUCGACACGGUCGCCGGUGUUCAAAGCCGAGCUCUUUGGUCCGAUGAGAGAGAGCACAACCACCAACGCCAUACGCAUUGACGACAUGGAGCCGGAGGUGUUCGACGCGCUGCUCACCUUCAUCUACACGGACACCCUGCCAGAGACGAAGGAUGGGGAGGGAUGUGCGAUGGCCCAGCAUCUGCUCGUCGCCGCUGACCGGUAUGACCUGGAGAGGCUGAAGUUGAUCUGUGAAGAUAAGCUGUGCAGGUAUAUCGAUACGGGCUCCGCUGCGACCAUCCUGGCUUUAGCUGAAAAGCACAACUGCCAUGGGCUUAAGGAUGCGUGCUUCGCGUUACUAAGCUCCGCUGCGACUCUUGGUGCAUUCAUGGAAACAGAUGGGUUUGACCACCUGACAGUUAGCUGUCCCAGCCUUCUGAAAGAACUGUUCUCCAAAUUUGUUCCGACUUGAACUAAAAAGAGGUGGCGUGUAACAGCAAAUCUUGACAAAGUCCUCCUAUGUUUUAGUCUUAUAUAUAUAGGUACCCCAAGACAUUGUAUCCUUUAUAUAUGUAGGAUCAUUUUGGCGGCAAGCUACACUAAGCAGCUUGUGUCUUGGUGCUAUGAACAGUGAGUUUAGUUAUGUGUACCGGCAGCAUUGCAUGGAUAUGCUGUUCGCUUGACUUUAAUCUAAAACGGUUUCUAUUGCUUCU